AAAUCAUUACGUCUGGAGAUUAUAUUAAAUGGCUUCGUACAGUGGUAAUAUGGGAGGAAACUGUGAAUGUUUUUGACGAAUUCUGUCAAUAUGUUUCCCACCCAACUCAGCGAUAUCUCUAUGACCUUUUUCUUUCCAGAAGCAACGAAAUGAAAGUCUAUCAUAUCAAAUGUUCAGAUCAAGUUAAGAUCGAAGAGCAGAUGUUUACAGACAAGGAUUUGGUCCCUCCUGACAGGAAGGCCCGUUCUGAAUUACGUGAAAUCUACGCUACACAAAAUUGGUAUGAUCGAAAUUUACCAAUAGUUGUUGCCUGGUACAACAAAUAA